CUUGUAAAAUGUGUCUUUUCAUUCUCACAGAAACAGGGCAACAGAAAUACUUUGUAAUUCAUGAAUCAAAGAACUGGCUUCAGGCUCAGAGCUACUGCAGAGAACAUCACACUGACCUGGUCAGUGGAAUCCCACAGAUCAGAUCAGAAGAAUUCAACAAACGGGUUGAUGAAUUCAAUGAUUCUACAUUGUGGAUCGGCCUGUUCAGAGAGAUCUGGAGUUGGUCAGAUGGGAAGAAUUUCUCUUUCAGACACUGGGAUCCGGACUCAUUUCUAGAAGUAGCCUCAAAGACAUGUGCUAUGACUAAGCCAAAUGGAAAAUGGAGCUGCGACAAUUGCACAGAUCAAAAACCCUUCUACUGCUAUGAGGACAAAGUGAUCCUGAUCAAAGAGAAUAAGACUUGGGAUGACGCCUUGGAUUACUGCAGAGAGAACCACCGUGACCUGGUCUCUAUCACUGACAGUCACCAGCAGAGAUGGGUCCAAGAGGGAGCCAAGAUGGCCGACACUGAGUUCGUCUGGCUGGGAAUGCGCUACACCUGCACUCUGGAUCUGUGGUUCUGGGUCAGUAAUCGUCUGGUCUGCUAUCACAACUGGGCCCAAGAAGACAAGAUUGAGGGUUGUGACAGGGCUACAGCCAUGAAGAGAGAUGGAAAGUGGUAUGAAAGGAAAGAAGGGAACUUUCUUAAUUUUAUCUGCGCCUUAUAGUACAUUUUUAAACCCACCGGUGUAUUUAUAUAAGCUUACUCUACACUGACUGUUCUCUGGGGUUUUUUAAUGGCACAAUGACAUGUCAAUAAAUCACAACCUGAAGAUGGUAGAACAUCAUUUAUGAAGGUAUCACUUAAUGCAGAUUAGUCAUUGAGA